AUGACCUAUUUGGAAUAUCCUGUUAUACUUUAUUUAGGUGUUGCUACAGACAUGAGUGGUUCCUGGGUAACUUUGGAAGAGGUUCUAAAGAUCUGGGGAAGAUCCUUGAGUGCAGAUGAAGUAUGGGCCUUACUGCUGGCUUCCUCAGAACGUAUUUUAAAGGAUUUUGAUAAAGGCCUGAGCACCAGUAGCCUGCUCAUGGAGUCAGCAGUGGUGUUUAUUGCUUUUGAAGACAUAAUUUGUGUCAUACAAGCCAGUGCUGACCCUCUGAGCAGGGGACUUUCAAGAUUGAUGCUUGUCUACUCCUUAGGAAUGACACUUUAUUGGGGAGCAGAAUACAACAUUCCCGCUCAUCAGCCUGUUGAUCUCGGACAGAAGAUACAUAGUAUCCUCAUUUCCAUGUGUCAAGAGAGCCCCCAGAACAGGCCCAUUCCAGACAACAUCAUCCUACAGUGCAAGGAGUAUCAGAAGCAGCUUUCCUUGCCCAGUGUGGAACACUACAUUCAGCGGCUGGUCAGUCUUAUGAUGAGCAGUUCAUGUAAGCAAGUAGAAGAGCAACCAGAUGUGCAACUUUCACAAAGCCAGAUCAUAAGGGAGAGACUACGGCAGAAACUUUCAGAACCUCUCCUGCACUCUACAGUAUCCACUCCUAAAAAAGCUUGCAAAGUCCAAUACACCAAACUGGGAUACAAAACCAGACAGACUUACAUCAUCCUCUACAAAGUCAGAAGUCUGAUUGUACCACGUCCUGUACUUAUUGUUUCAAGACCUGAGUUUGUGCGUUUUGCUGAAGCACCUCCCGUUACUUUGGAAUUGCCAGCCCGGAUUGUGACAAAGAAAGGUCGGUGCUACUUAUCCCAAAGGAACCUUUCUGUGAUACUCCCCAGUGGCCUCUGCUUAGAUGUAAAGUGUGAUGUCAAAUCUCAAGCAAGUAGUGUUCUUGAAGCUGCAACAAAUUAUGCAAGGGUUGAAGAACCCUCUUAUUUUGGCCUUGCAUACAUGAAAGGAAGGGAAUUUUUCUUCCUGGAUGAUGACUGCGUUCUUGAGAAGGUGGCCCCUGAGGGAUGGAGCAAAACACGCAAGAAAAAAUCCACUAUUGUUGCCUUCAACCUCUACCUCAGGGUCAAGUAUUUUGUUCAGGAUAUUAGUGCCUUACGAUAUUGCGCCACAAGACACAUGAUUUAUGAACAACUGAGGAAGGAUAUUCUAGAAGAGAGGUUGUUGUAUACCAGAGAGGGAGCUCUGCAUAUGGCUUCCCUCGCUCUGCAAGCAGAAGUUGGAGACCACUCACCAGAGUUCCAUGACAGACAUUAUUUCCAUGCUGAAGAUUUCCUGCCACCAAGGGUCCUCGAAGCUCCUAAUGUGUCACAAGAACUUGAAAAGCUCCACCAGCAUCACUUUGGGAUGUCAAAGAGGGAAGCGGAGCGGGCGUUCCUGCAGGUGGCACAACAGCAGCCAGAGUAUGGUGUCUUGUUUUAUCAAGUACUACACGAUAAGAGAAGCUCAGGGCUCGGUGACAUCUACCUUGGGAUCUGCUCUCAAGGUAUAAUUGUGUAUGAGGAAAGGAAGGGAAGUCGUGUUGCAAACCUCCGCUUUCCAUGGAGAGAGAUACAAACUCUUUCAUCCCAUAAGAAGAAGUUUUCUGUGCUCAGCUGUUCCAGUGGUAAGAAACAUUCCUUCCUGACAGACAGCGAGAAGUCAUCAAAAUAUCUGCUGGGCCUGUGCUCUGCUCUACGCUCCUUUCAUACAAACCUCAGACAGCACCAAGAUACAGAAGUACCCCAUGUGAUGGAAGUAGAGAACAGACUUUCUCCUUAUGGAUCUCAAAAAGACCAUCUGUUAAUGAUGCAGAGAUUGUCCCGGUCUGAACAUGUACUGUGCUCCGCGAAUACCGAGGAUGUGCGAGACAGGAUCCUGAGCAAAUCGUGCGAUACCAUAAGUGUGGACAACAGAACAGGAGAAGAAGUGAAUGCGUGUGGAAAGUUAGCAGAGGAUGCUCAAAUGGAAACUUAUUCUCACCGGCAAAGUUCUGAUUACUUAUCCAUCCACUCAAGCCACAGUACAUCCUGCAAUGUGCAAAGUAGCCUUCAGAGCAGCUUAUUGGAUGGAGCAGAGAGGGAAAUUGUCCAUGUAAAACUGAGAAGGGACCCCAAGUAUGGACUAGGUUUUGUGAUCAUUGGAGGGGAGAAUAUAGGAAAGCUAGAUCUUGGAAUCUUUGUGGCCUCUGUUAUCCCAGGUGGGCCAGCUGACCGUGAUGGCCGCAUAAAACCAGGUGGGCGUCUGAUAUCUAUGAAUAAUGUCAGCUUGGAAGGAGUAAUGUUCAACAGUGCAGUGCAGAUCUUACAGGGCUGUGGGGAGGAAGCUGAACUGAUCUUAUCUCAACCAAAAGUUGUCAGCAGUCCAAACCGACAGAACUCAGAUCUAACCUGGGAAGGGAGUAGAAGAAGCAGUCUAAAUUUAGAAACACACGGUUCCUCUGCUGGAGAGCCACAUAUCUGUCAUGGAUAUUCCCCAUAUGAUCCACUUCAUACUUCUUCCACAACGUAUGAUCGAGAGGAGAGAGCCAAGAAGGAGAAUUUAGGUGAUGUCUGCACAGAACUGAGACCAGGGGAUUUGUUCUCAGUUAAACUACAAAAGGAAAAUGGAAGUCUUGGUUUUAGUGUGACGGGUGGGGUUAACACAAGUGUUCGUCAUGGAGGAAUAUAUGUGAAAAGUAUUGUCCCUAUGGGGCCAGCAGAACAAUGUGGAAAGAUCAAGAGAGGGGAUCGGCUAUUGGAGGUCAAUGCAGUGCGCUUCCAGGGAUUCACACACCGGCAGGCUGUUGAGUGUCUGAAAAAAGCAGGACAGGUAGUGACUCUAGUCGUACAGAAAGGAGGCGGCUCAGAAACGUUUGCUGCUGAAAGUCAGUUUGAGUCAUCCAGUUCCACACAGAACACCCCUAGCUGCAGUGACUUUGAGACCCACUCUAUUGUAAUCGAAGACAACACAUUUGAAGUGAAGCUGAAUAAGAAUUCUGCAGGUUUAGGAUUCAGCUUUGUCCAAACAGAAGGCAGCAUAACAGGAAGAGAUGGGAACAUUUUCAGAAUAAAGAGACUCUUCCAGGGACAACCAGCCCAGGAGAGUGGGAAGAUUGAGGCCGGAGAUGUCCUACUAGCGGUGAAUGGGAAAUCUCUCCAAGAACUGAAUUAUCAGGAAGUUCUCCACCUUCUACAUCGGGCACCAUUAGAAGUAACCCUACAGAUCUGGCGACCAGAAGAAGGAAUUCUACCUUAUUUGGAUUACUCUGCACCGACACCAAUGCCAUCUCCUGUGAAAGAGUUACUGAGAAUGAGAUCUCCAGAUCAUGAAUUUGAUAUUGCUGUGGGAAGGACAUCAGAAGAGGAAAAAGACUCAGAGAAUUUGUUAAGAACAACAUCUAAUCUGUCCUACAGUCGCCCCUCAGAAAAUACACCAGCGCUAGAGACCCUUACAUCUUUAGCUCAAGACAUGAGACUGAACUGUUACUCAGCCUGUGAACUGGAAAAGCAAGAAAGUAUGAAUGACAUAAGAGACAGUAGGAGCAUCAUGGACACAUCACAGAUGCUCAGUGAUGAGGAUUAUCUCACCAUCAGCUCUUCAUCUGUUACUCCUCCUUCCUGGGGAGAGGCUCCUGAAGAACCCACAACUAUCACUGGCACCCCCCAACCACGUUCUAUGAUACCUCUCCCAGCAUCCUUGGUAGCCACAGAAUCAUGUAGCAGUGAGAGUGAAUGGGAAGACCUUGAAGAAUCUGAUGAGGCAGAAGAGCAGGACGAAGACUCAUUGGGAGUUCCCAAGGAGCACUCAACCCUCCUCAGUCUUUCGUCACCUUCACGCUGGCUUCAGCUUCCACCAUCCCCAACUAGAAGGUUUCAUGUCACUUCCCCUUCAAGACGGACCCAGAUCCUCUCAGCAAAUAGGUCCAAAGCACCUUCUGCAACCAAAAAAAUCAGUAUUCCUCCUUCUCCUACAAUAAAAAUCCAUCCUCCCUCUCCGACAGGGAGGCCACAAUCCAAGUUGCCUUCAGCUUCUACAUCUCAGAAUCUAGAACGGAAACCCUGUACUGAUCAGUCAUAUGAAAAAGUUGGUUUAUUGCAGGAAAAACAAGUAGACCAGAGACAGAAAGAGUUAAAAGCAAUCACAGCCAGCAUUCCAGAUCAUAUUCCUUGGAGUUUUCAUCACAAUUUACCUGAACAAUCAGAUGACAAUGCCCUUAAUAUUUCUCACAAUCAAUCAGAUUUAGAAAACAAGGACUUGCACCACAUCUUUCAGGGUGUAUCAUAUAUUGAAGAAAUAACAUUACAAAAAGGCUAUUCCAAUUUUACAAAUGAUGAAACCAGAGCAUUGCAGCACAACGUAUCUUACCAAUUACAUAGUGAAGACACCAUAUUUCAUUAUAGCGCUACUAAUCAACUAAAUGAUAAAAUCAGAAUUACAGAAAGCAGUUGCAUUCAGCAACCAAACAUUGCACAUGAGUUGCUAAAAAUGCAAACUAAUGGAUUCCAACAGGAAAAUAAAACAGAGGUCACCAAUAUUAAUAGCUGUAAUGGACAACAUGUGUCUUCACCCCAAAUGGAUUCAGAAGAGUCUCUGCUAAAUAGUUGCCCGAAAUGCACAAUUAAUAUUGUGUUGGACAAGUCAACCAGUGGAAGCUUGGGGUUCUCUUUAGCUGGAGGAAAGAAUGAGGAGCUAUUCACAAUAAAAGCUAUCAACCCUGGGAGUGUGACAGCUGAGGAUGGGAGAUUGUGUGUGGGGGACGUGCUCCUAGAGGUGAAUGGACAACACUUAACUGGGCUCACACAUGGGGAAGUGGUGGGAAUUCUGCGCAAAGCGGCAGGUCGUGUAGUACUCACAGUGCUCAAGGACAGCCCAAAUCAGAGCGAUCAACUAGUACUUGGGAAAUAUGAUGAAAAUGACAGACAGAUUCAGAAGCAGAAUAAUAACUUACAUUCACCAACCAAUAUCCUGGAAAAAAAGGACAGUGGCACAGGAAUAGAGUUUGUAAAGUGCGGGAGAUCAGACUCAACAGUGGUUUAUGAUUCAGAUGGUUGGAGCAGUGAGGAUGAAAAUGUCAAAACGUUAACCCCCUGUCCUGGUCCCUUGAUUGUCCACGAAGAAGAUCUGCAGAACCUUUAUUUACAUACCCAGUACUCAGAAUCCGAGGUUCACUCUCUUCUCCUCUCCUCCUUGCGUGGUUGUCAAGACCGCAACUCCUACUCCGAGUUUGUUGCUCUGGAACAUGAGAAACCUGUGGACUCCUGUUCUGUGGCCACUGCAGCUGAAAAUCGCAUCAAGAACAGAUACAGAGACAUCUUGCCAUAUGACAGAACACGUGUUUGCAUUGGGGACAGUGAUGGAUACAUCAAUGCUAGUUACAUCAAUAUCCCUGUGGGGGACAAGGGUGUGCAUUAUAUUUGUACCCAGGGACCACUGCCUAGUACUAUUAGUUCCUUCUGGGAGAUGGUUUGGGAAAAUCACAGCUUGGUGAUAGUGAUGAUGACUCAGGAGCGGGAGAAUGGAAAAGUGAAGUGUGAGCGUUACUGGCCAGAGGUUAUUCAUGGAACCUGGGAGUUGGACAAACUUACCCUAAAGCUGGAAAACUACCAAGUACUUCAGGACUUUACCAUUAGGAUUUUGAGCUUAACGCACUGUGAGACAGGGGAAUAUCGAACCAUCACUCACCUACAGUUCACAACAUGGGCAGAUCAUGGGAUUCCUGAGAAUCCCCAGUCUCUGCUGCGUUUUGUGUGUUAUCUGCAGCGCAUCCAUGAUACAGAGCCCCUGAUCGUACAUUGCAGCGCUGGAGUUGGCAGAAGUGGUGUUUUGAUUUGUGUGCACAUAAUGGUGACGUGUUUGGAACAGGGGAUACAGUUUCAGAUUAAUGACAUUGUGAGGACAAUGAGGCAACAGCGCUAUGGAAUGAUACAGACCAAGGAUCAGUACCAGUUCUGUUACAAGGCUCUCCUUGCGGCUAUUCAGCUACUUCCUCACGUGGACCGUACAGACCUGUGCUUUGCUGAACACUGGAAUGGCUGUGAAACUCAGUGUCAAAUGUAAUAACAUUUUACCCCAAGGAUGCUUAUUCAGAACAAGAUGGCGGACCAAGAAUGGAAGUCCAGUCUGCCUGACAGUACUGCCUUAGAAGUGAAAGGCCCAUCUUGAAACUGAUACCAGAUUUUUUUUAUAGUACAUAUGCCACAUUAUCCAUUAUGUUUUAAGCACCAGAAGCUAGAUUGUACGUCCUUCUGGACAAGUAUUUAUUGUUAAAGUGGUAUAUAAGAAAAUACCUCACAGAAUAAAUUAGAAGAAUACAUUUAGGGGCCUAUUUAUCAAGCUCCGUAUUUAUCAAGCACCAGAAGCACAAGUUAUGAAGCAGCGGUCUAAAGACCGCUGCUCCAUAACCUGUCCGCCUGCUCUGAGGCGGCGGACAAAUAUUGCCGAAAAUCAACCCGAUCCAAUAUGAUCGGGUUGAUUGACACCCCCUGCUAGCGGCCGAUUGGCCGUGAAUCUGCAGGGGGCGGUAUUGCACCAGCAGUUCACAAGAACUGCUGGUACAAUGAUAAAUGCCGGCAGCGUAUGCUGUUGGCAUUUAUCGAUGUGCAACGAACAUGAUCCGCAAUAUCGGAUCAUGCCCGCUCGCAUCAUGAUAAAUAGGCCCCUUAAUAUCAAAAAUAUUUAAAUUAGCAAAGGUUCUGGCAUCCAUGAAAACAUAUUGAUACUUUGUAAAAAGAAUGAAAAUGAUUCCAGACAUCCCCGGUGGUCACAUGUAUAAAAAGAAAAGUAUUUAUUGUAGCUUAAAUCAUACAUAUUCAAACAUAAUUGUAGCCUCUGAUGAAUGUAAUCUUUGUAAAUACAUAAACAGAGAAUGACAAUAACAAAUAAUGUAUCUGAUAGGUCUGUAAUUUUAGAAUGUAAAUUUUCUUAUAAAAUUAUUUAUAUUGAUACUGCAUGACAAUGUACAUAGUACUGUACUCUAAAUAAAAGAAUAUUUUUUAUACAAUUUCA